AAAGAAAUGAAAUGAAAGAAUAUGCAUUAAACUAGAGUCAAUUAGGAAAGAAUAUUUGUUCUUUAUAUGCUUCAUCCCUCACAAUGCCAAACCAAUUCUUGCAUUUUCUCCACAACGAGAGCAAAAUCAUGAAGAACUUGGUCAAAUGGUACCCGGUUUUAGUGAUGGUAGCUAUUGAUCAGGCGCUUGCUGUUAGCAAUAUACUUUUGAAAAAGAUUUUAGGCGAUGGGAUCAACCUUUGGGUAUUCAUAACUUAUCGACAAUCAAUCUCUGCAAUCUUCUUAUCUCCAUUAGCCUUCUUUUUGGAAAGAAAAACCCGGCCAAAGCUUACGUUCACCAUCUUGUGCCACCUUUUCAUGAGUGCAAUCAUUGGGGCAUCUGUAACUCAAUAUCUCUUCCUUGUCGGCGUAGAGUACACGUCAGCAACAUUCUCAUGUGCCUUCCUCAACAUGGUCCCUGUAAUAACAUUCCUAAUUACUUUACCAUUUGGUUUAGAGAAAGUGGACGUAAAAUGCAGUAGCGGGAGAGCAAAAGUGUACGGCUCUUUAGUAUGCCUCUGGGGUGCUGUCGUUUUAAUUGUCUACAAAGGAAUACCUUUAUUUCAUUUCGCACAGCGUACAGAGCUUCUGCAGCAUCCACACGAAAGAUGGGCAAUUGGGUCGGUUGCAUUAUUAGGUGGUACAUUAUGCUGGUCGUUGUGGUACCUUCUCCAGACAAGCAUUGGGAACAAAUAUCCGUGUCACUACUCAUCCACUGCCAUCAUGACUUGCUUUAGCGCUCUACAAUCUGCUGUCUUGAGCUCCUUCAUAGACAGGGAUCUUUCGGUUUGGAUUUUGAGGACAAAAUCCGACAUCUUUAUUAUUCUUUACACAGGCAUUGUAGGAUCGGGAUUAUGCUUUGUGGGGAUGUCAUGGUGUGUAAAGAAACGUGGGCCAGUUUUUACGGCUGCUUUCAGCCCACUUGUGAUGAUAUUGGCGGGAAUGUACGAAAUUCCGGUUUUGCACCAACAACUUCAUCUCGGAAGCGUAUUAGGAUCGGCGACUGUUAUUGCUGGGUUGUACAUUCUGCUGUGGGGUAAGGAAAAAGAAACUCAAAAGCAAGACCCCAAGUUAGCUGAGGAAACAGGGGAGAUUAUGUGCCAAGAAGCAACCGAAUUCCGAGUCGUAAAAAUAGUAGUUGAACCAGAAUGCUCUUCAUAAGACCACCAGCUUAUAUGCGGAUUGUUGAGUUAUUUAGUCAUGCCACUAAAUUGCUGUCAUCUUAAAAGAUUUGUUAUCGCUGUGAGGGUUCGGUUCUUUUUUUAUUUAUUUUUGCUCGUCUCCUGUCUCUUUUCCUCCUUUAAAAAGAAUCUUCGUAGCAAUAAUAUGUAACUGUAGUUGUUGAAGUAGAAAUGAUACCUCCGUAUUCCGAGAAUAUGGACCAUGUUGGUCUUGAGCCGAUCUUGAAGUCUCUUGGGAGCAAUAUGGUUUUGGAUCAUGUGUGAUCUUACUAAUAUAAAAUCUUGUGUUGUAGACUUGUAGUGGUGUGAGAU